GAACUGAAGACCAGCUUGAGAGGGGUGUUUCUAUGAAGAUGAUCUUCUUCUUCUUCUUAAGUGUACCCAAUGUUUUACUGGUUGGUGCUUCGUGUCCAGCUAUGUGUAGUUGUUUGGUAAAAGACAAAGUGUUCUGUACUGGAAGAGAUAUAGCAGACUUUGCCAAACUCGCAAUACCGUAUAACUAUACUUCUAUUAUUAUAAAAAAUACUCUUGCCUCCGAACUUUCAGAAGACAGCUUCCAGCCAACAGACGUGACCUCACGUCUUGCCCUGGACUCUAACCAGAUAUCCAUAGUAACAGUUGGAGCAUUUAAAGGUUUUACAAUUCUACACUCCAUUAAGCUUACAGACAAUAAAAUUAAGAGUCUGCCUCCAGGGGUAUUUGAUUCCUUAAAAAGUCUUAUACAGUUGUUCCUUGAUAAAAAUGAAUUGACACAAAUAGAUGAAUAUUUGUUUUCACAUUUAGAGAAACUAGAGGAGCUUUCUCUAAACAGAAAUUACCUAGCACAAUUGCCAGAUGGUUUGCUAAGCAGACUCAAAAGUCUCAGAGUUCUGAAUCUUUCCCGAAAUAAGCUCUCCACCUUGCCUAGAAGCCUUUUUAGCUCACUGAUCAAUCUAGAAUACUUGUACCUCUACAAUAAUAUGCUAACUGAGAUCAAUAACUGGAAUUUUAUUAAUCUUGGAGACCUGAUAGAGCUUGCUUUAUAUGGAAAUAAAAUCCAAACCAUUUCUAAAGAUGCAUUUAGUUACUCUCCUAAUUUGAAAACGCUAACUCUUUCCAGAAACCAACUGAAAACAUUACCUGAUGGAUUAUUUUUACAUUUGCCAGAGAUAACUAUGUUAACGCUUUAUGACAAUCCAUUAACUGAAUUCCCCACUGUGCUCUUUGGAAGAAUGGACAACUUGCAAUCUUUAUGGAUCUACCAUACAGAUCUGGAAACUGUGCCAAGUCUUGUUUUCAGUAAUCUCACCAACUUACAGUUACUGGUCUUGACCAGAAACCCAAAGCUUCACAGUCUUCCAAAGGAUGCAUUUCAUGGUCUGAGUAAUGUCUUGGAACUGUCACUACAUUCCAAUAAUCUAACUUUUCUUGAGGAGGGAAUCUUUGAAGAUUUGCAAAGCCUGAAAAAUCUAUCUCUUUUCAAUAACUACUUUGAAGUGCUCCAAGGCAAUCUCUUUGGCUCUCUUCAAAAUAUUCAGUAUGUUUAUCUGAACAACUGUCGAUUGCAGACCCUUCCUGGUGAUUUGUUUAAGGGGUUGCCCAGUUUGCAAAUAGUGCGUUUAGAUGGCAACCCUUGGGCCUGUGAUUGCAAUCUUUUAGAUUUUAUUGCAUGGCUUCGCCAAAACAUGAAUCAGGUACAUGAUGCUAUGUCACUUGUUUGCAGAACUCCUUUCAAAUUGAUGAAUAUUCCUGUUUUGAAUGCAAGUGAGUCAAUAUGCCGGCACACAACAACUAGAGAGAUACAUUCUAGCUCCCAACUAGUAUCAUCAUCUCCCUACACUUGGUGGACCACAAGCGGUGACACAAAGGUCACUAAAUCCAUUCAUGAGGUGAAAUCGUCUACUGCUGGUGUAGAGCCUAGUACGUCAACUGUGAGCACGAUGACACAUGUUCAUACUACCACUAAGGUGCUAAACCAUGAAGAGACAAGUUCAGAUGUACACCAGAUGGGAACUACAAUGGAUUCAAACGUGACUGAUUCCUCCAAACAUUUAAUUGUUACUUAUGACAAAGAACCUUUCAGCUAUAUUAUGCCAUACAGCAAAAUGAUUUUAUUUUUUUUGUUUCUUACUCCACUGUUGCAAUUAUUACUCAUAUUUCUAACAUGUUUUGGAUUGUUCACAAUUAAGAGGCUUUAUAGCUAUUUUGACACUUUAGCACAGCCUGCUGUUGUUUUACUACGAGUUUUGAUUCCACUUGGCAGCAAUCCUCACAGUUUGAGUUUUUACUGAUUACUCACAAUAUAUAAGAUAAAAUGCGCACUUGUGGAAUGU